UUGUGCUACAAGUAAUUUUGAUAAGCUUAUUUGAUAUCCAGGGAAUUUUUGUGUGAAUUGUUCCAUUAAGUGUAUCAAGCUCUUUUCAUAUUGCGCAGCUGCCAAAAUGGUUCUGGAACUUUUCCUUGGACCAACUGAUGACGGUUCAACUUCCCUGUUGCGAUGGAUUUACACCUGUGCUUUGGCCAUCUCGGUGUAUUCACUGUACGUGAAAAUGAAACUGGAGGAAGAUGAGAACUACAGGCCGAUGUGCGAUGUGAACGAAAACAUAAGCUGCUCGCUAGUCUUUAAAUCAGUCUAUGGUAAAGGCUUUGGUCUGGGGGAAAUAACCAAACUGAAUUUUCCCAACGGAGCCAUAGGAUGUGUCUUCUACCUCCUGUACUUUCUAAGCUCUUUCUAUCAGAAUAACUGGUUGUGCUUGGCCCAAUUAAUAAUAUGCACUUUGACCCUUUUUCGUCUAUAAAAUGAACCUUACUGUAUAAUCCGCCCGAAACAAACAACAUAGCACAGAAUAUGUCGACAUUUCGACGAUAUAACAGAUAAACGGGCACAGCACAUUCUCUACAAGUACCUUCAAAUACCUUCUGGAGACAUGAGUAGUGAGAAUGAGAGUUCCUCCCACCAAACUGCAGUGGUUAUUGAUAAUGGUUCUGGGGUUUGAAAGGCAGGAUUCUCUGCGGAAGACACUCCCCGGCUGGUCUUCCCCUCGAUUGUGGGUAGACCUCGUCACCUGAACGUUC